UAUUGGCUGCCGUCCUUCCUCUAAUUUCUUCGAAAAUGUUCGAAUUGUUUGACGUUUUUAAUGUUCCUUGCGUUCAUUAUGAGCGUCAAAGGGUUACCUACUCGUCGUUCUUUCAUCUUCCGUAUUGAGAUAUCCCAACGAUUUCGAUUUUGAUUAUUACGCGCGUCCGCGCGCGUGUGUUUCCGUGCGUAUGUGUGUGCAGUGUUGAGUUAGUGUGCUUGAAAAGUGUAGAAGUAGUGUGAGUUGGACGAUUUCUUCUUUCUCUUUCUCUUUCUUUCUUUCUCUAUCUAUCUAUCUAUCUCUCUCUCUUUCUCUCUCUCUUUCUCUCUCUCUUUCUCUCUCUCUCUGUCCUUUUCUCGCUCUUUCUUUCUAAUAAAUUUCAUCCAUCGUUUCUCUCUUUCUCUCUCUCUCUUCCUCUCUCUCUCUUUCUCUCUUUCUCUAAUUCAAUUCAUCCAUCGUUUCUCUCUGUCUGUCUCUUUGCUCUGUAUCUCUCUGUCUCUCUUCUGUUCAUUUCCAUUUAUCGUUUUUGGAAAUGACUCGAUCGGAUAUGAACGUCGACCGCGGUAUUAGCAACAGGAGGUCCCUAGUCAGCGUUGGAAAAUAUCAAAUGAUUCGACUUCUUGGAAAAGGGAAUUUCGCACGGGUGGAGGAAGCUAUUCACACGAUUUUGAGGACCAAGGUGGCAGUGAAGAUAAUCGAUACCCAACAUGGUCGGCAAGAUUACGUAAUGAAGAAUUUAACUCGGGAGGCUAAGCUAUUAUCGAUGUUGCAACAUCCGAGCAUCGUUAGACUCUACGAAACGAUUCAGUACGGAUCUGUAUACUACCUCGUGAUGGAACUUGCAACCGGUGGCGACCUGUGCACCCACAUUAAGCAACAACCAAGCGGCAUGCUCGAUGAGAUGACCGCCAAGCUCUACGCCAGACAGCUGGUCGGUGCGUUGAAACACAUGCACUCCAGGGGAAUCGUUCAUCGCGAUUUAAAGAUGGAAAACAUAAUGCUGCAAGAUACGCGCAAAGAUCAGAUCAAAAUAGUUGAUUUUGGAUUGAGUAAUAUCUACGAUAGCGAGGAUCCUUUGAAAACGCAUUGUGGCUCGCCCGAAUAUGCAGCACCAGAGCUUUUCGUCGUCGGUAAAAAGUAUGGACCCGAGGUCGAUCUUUGGAGUCUUGGCGUCGUCUUAUACGGAAUGAUGACUGGUCGGCUGCCCUUUUUAAGUCCUUGCGACGAACAGACGUCAUCGGAGGAACGUCGACGAAGGUUAAUGGCUCAAAUAAACCGGGGCUUAACGGCCCUCCAGAUGAAAAACAUGUCGAGGAUGUCGAAUGAUUGCAAGAAUCUGAUUAACAGAUUGCUCACGCCCGUUCCGCAUAAAAGGAUUACGAUCCAGGAACUCUGCCAUCAUCCUUGGAUCGUGUGCAAGCUUAGAAAUGUAUCAAGAAUUGCCAGUGAAGCUGAUUUAGAUGUGAACGAUCAAAAAACGAUAAUCGCUGAGAUAUCCAAAAUGACUCACCUGGAUAGGAACACGAUCGAGAUGGAAAUUAUUCGACGAAAGUACGGCGAAAUAGGCGGCAUGUAUAAUAUCAAAUCUCACAAGGCACGUCAAGCUGCUGCUUUGUACGCACGUCACACAGGAUCACUCUCAUUGCUCAGAUACAUACCCCCGCAAACCGCAACCGGUGAAACGACGACCUACAAAGCACCAUCGAGAUAUUCACCAUAUGCAAAAUCCGAAGAGAAAUCAACCGGAUAUGUUACUGCAGUAACUCCAUUCAAAGAGAGUAAGAAAUGUUGGGAGAACAAAAGCGUGUCCUUCGGCGAAGUUAAAAAUUCUUGGAAGCUUCAGAAAACUUCGAAUACGUCCUGUACGGUUUGCAAAACCGUUCUACCAUCGGCGAAUACACAGCAACCGCAAGUUUUUAAGAAGAAUGAAUUCAUUGAACACGCGAUACCAAUGCACAACAAGUAUUCCGACAAAAGUAAUGAACAGAAGCAAACGAGCAGAUUGGCCGUUCGUCAAACGAAUAUCCGUUUAUUGCCUACCUCUUCGAGAAUUUCUUUUUCUCAAGCAUCUUCCAGUUGUCCUCAAUCCGACGUGGUACAUCGUAAUCCCAUAAAGAGAUGGUCUGAAAUACGUGAGAAGAGAGAAACUAUUCGACAACAAAGACGUUCGACGCAUUCCGUAACUCAAACUGAUACAAACACGAUCUCAUCAACGUCCUCGGUAAACAAAUCUCGACCACGUACUUCAGAAUCCAACACCAUAAAUCGAAAUGCAUUUAAUCGUUGUAAAUUUACCAUGGAAAAAGUAGAGUCGCAAAGGGAAGUCGACAAAAUUGUAACUUCGAUGCCAAUAUUUGUUAAGAAAAAGAUAAUAUCUGCUUACGAUACGAUAGCACCUAAACAUCUUUUGCGCAAUAAUUCUUCGAAUAAAAGUGCACCGAAAAUAAGUGACAAAGUAAGAUAACUAAGGGUGUAACAAUAGAACUGAAUCAACACGCUCAGAUAAUUUUUUGUUCCUUCUGAUUACAAAAAAAAAAUAAUAAUUAUAAUAAUAAUAAUGAUAAUAAUAAUAAUAACAAUAAUGAUAAUAAUAAUGGUAUAAUAAUAAUAAUAAUGAUAAUGAUAAUGAUAAUAAUAAUAAUAAUAAUAAUAAUAAUAAUAAUAAACAAG